AUGAGCUCCCCAGAAGGGCCCAGCUUCCCAUCCGGGCUGCUCUCCAGGGGCACCUCCCCCAGCAGCAAUGAGGGCUUCUUCCCCUUCAUGCUGGAGCGGCGGGACUCAUUCCUGGGAGGGGGCCCAAGGCCUGAGGAGCCCGAGGACCUGGCCCUGCAGCUGCAGCAGAAGGAGAAAGACCUGUUGUUGGCCGCAGAGCUUGGCAAGAUGCUUCUGGAGCGCAAUGAGGAGCUGCAGCGGCGGCUGGAGAUGCUGAGCGCCCAGCACUCCGAGCAUGAGGAACGGCUGCAGCAGGAGAACCAUGAGCUCCGCCGAGGCCUGGCAGCCCGGGGAGCCGAGUGGGAGGCCAGGACUGUGGAGCUGGAGGGGGACGUGGAGGCCCUUCGGGCCCAGCUGGGGGAGCAGCGUUCUGAGCAGCAGGACAGCGGACGGGAGCGGGCACGCGCCCUCAGUGAACUCAGUGAACAGAACCUCCAGCUCAGCCAGCAGCUGGCCCAGGCCUCCCAGACUGAGCAGGAGCUUCAGAGAGAAUUGGAUGGCCUUCGGGGUCAGUGCCAGGCCCAGGCCUUGGCUGGGGCAGAGUUGAGGACACGGCUGGAAUGUCUGCAGGGGGAGAAUCAGAUGCUCCAGAGUCGCCGACAGGACCUGGAGGCCCAGAUUCGAGGUCUGUGUGAGGAGGUGGAAAAGGGCCAGGGCAGGCUACAGGCAACCCAUGAGGAGCUGCUGCUGCUACGGCGGGAGAGGCACGAGCACAGUCUGGAGCUGGAACUCGCGCGCUCCGAGGCGGGGGAGGCACUGAGUGCGCUGCGGAGGCUGCAGCGGCGGGUCUCGGAGCUGGAGGAGGAGUCGCGCCUCCAGGACGCCAACAUCUCAGGAGCCUCGCUUCAGUCAGAGCUUGCCCAUAGCCUCGACAGCAAGGACCAAGACCAGAACGCGGACAGAGGCGGAGAUGCUCUGGCCACUCUGCCCCCAGAGACCCAAGAGGCAUCCAGCCACCAGCCUUCGCCCCAGGAGGAGAGGUUGGAGCCUCCCAGGAAGCGAGCAUCCCUGAGCCCAGGGGAAAUACUGGAAGAGAAGGAGACGGAAGUGGUCCAGUUGCAGGAUGAGAUAGCGCUGCAGCGGGAAGAGCUACAGUCCCUGCGGGAGGAGCUGCAAAGGCAGAAGGAACUGCGGGCGCAGGAGGAUCCCGAAGAGAUCUUAAGCGGUGCCCUCUCGGAUCGGGACGAGGCUGUGAACAAGUCCCUGGAACUGGCCCUGGAGCUCAGCCGCGUUUCUCUGGAGCGGGACUCCCUCUCCCGGGAGCUGCUUCGCACCAUCCGCCAGAAGGUGGCGCUGACGCAAGAGCUGGAAGCCUGGCAGGACGACAUGCAGGUGGUCAUCGGGCAGCAGCUGCGAUCACAACGCCAGAAAGAGCUGAGUGCGGCUGGAUCCGCCCCGAGCCGCAACCCGCCGCGCCUCUCGCUGCGCCUGGGCCCUGGGCCCGCCGGCGGCUUCUUCAGCAACCUCUUCCGAAGGACCUGA